AUGCCAGUUCCAUUCGAAGCUUUUUUGCACAUGGGGAUGGUGGUAGUAAUGUUCGGCGUAGCAGGAACAGGUUAUAACGUCGUUCGAAGGUUGGCUGAAGAUGGAAAGCCAAUUCGACACUCGCUAGACGACUGGGAACGAAUGAUGAUGAAACGUGAUGAACGUUUAACGGGUAGUUUGCGAGGUCAAAGUACAAACCCUAUAGCACCGAAAGAGUUUGCUACUAAUAGCGCCUGGUCGACUGAGAAGCUCUCUUAG